UUCACGCCCAUCACAUACCCACCCUCCCCGCGUCGCCAGUGGAUGAGCACGUACUUCUCCAACCACUCCAACCAGUCGCGCUUCCUCGCCAUCUCCCAAGCGAGCUCCACCACCACCACCGCGACUGCCACUGUCCCAGCCCCCGCCCCGCCAGCCCAGAAGACAACCCGCCGCUCCACAUCGAAGCACUUCUCCACCUCUGUCGAUACCCACCACCAGGACAGCGGCUCAUCCAGCCCUGCGACCCCGAUAGUCCACCCUCUGCGCAACACGUGGGUCUUCUGGUUCCGCCAGCAGCGAUCGCCGGGGAACAAGCUGCUCGAUUACGAGGAGGGCAUCAAGAAAAUCGCGUCCUUCGCCAGCGUCGAGUCGUUCUGGUCGCUGCAGACACAUCUCACGCCCCCCUCUGCGCUCACCCCCACCACGGACUAUCUGCUCUUUCACGCUGGGAUUGCGCGCCCGGUUUGGGAGGAUCCAGGGAAUAUCAAUGGUGGGAAGUGGAUUUUGCGUCUGAGAAAGGGUGUCGCCGAUCGAAUCUGGGAGUCCCUGCUGUGUGCCGUGGCAGGAGACAUGUUUGCCGGGCAUCGCGAAACGAAAGACAGCUGGGAAGAUGAAGACUCGUCAGACAUCGACUCGAGCAACAACGCCGACUCUGUCGAUGCCCUCCCCGAGAUCUGCGGCUGCACGAUAAGCGUGCGCGCCAGCGAGGAUAUUGUGUCGCUUUGGAACCGCGUCGACCACGAUGUUAAGACGCGUGAGCGCAUUCGCGAGACGAUGAAGCAGGUGUUGGGGCUGCCCCAGGGCACAAAUCUGGAGUACAAGUCCAACAACGACUCCAUGCAGGAUAAGGACCGCAACGCCUUCAGAGCAUUGGCUUCUUCGUCCUCCCUCUCGUUGUCGACCUCUCUUGGAACGAUCUCUGCCGCCGCUUAG